AUGAGUUUUCAAACCCCCGCCGCCGCUAAGGGGGUUGAUGAUUAUUUCAACCCUCAUGGAGGAUCCUAUUUUGAUGACCCCAAACCUGAUCCUGAAUCAGGAUCUUAUUUUGACGACCUCGAUCUCGACCUCGACUACGACGACGACGACGACGGCAAUGACGACCUCGACCCCAACCCCGACUCUGAUGAUGAGCCUGACCCCGACUCCAAUGAUGACCCCAACCCUUACUCCGAUGAUGAUCCUGACUCCGAAUUUGUCUCUAAUUCAGACCCAGAUCCCGACUUCGACUCCGACUCCGACUCCGGCCCUGACUCAGGCUCAUAUCCCGAUCUGGAUUCUUAUUAA